AUGACUGACGUAAGCUCGUACAGAGACCAACACUUUAAAGGCUCUCGUGGUGAGCUGGACAAGAUGUUGCGUUUGUCGACGACCAUGUACAUUGGAAACUUGGCGUUUUAUACGACUGAGGGACAGAUAUACGAGCUGUUCUCAAAGUGUGGUGAUAUUAAGCGCAUCGUCAUGGGCCUGGAUAAAUUCAAGAAAACGCCCUGUGGCUUUUGCUUCAUUGAGUACUAUACAAGAGAGGAUGCUGAGAAUUGUAUGCGUUUUGUCAAUGGCACCCGACUGGACGACCGCAUCAUAAGAACAGACUGGGACGCCGGAUUCCUAGAAGGCAGACAAUACGGCCGUGGAAAAACAGGCGGCCAAGUGCGAGACGAGUAUAGGACUGAUUAUGACAUCGGCCGAGGUGGAUAUGGCAAAAACGCUCAACCCAAAGCGGACAUGAUAAUAUUCGGAAGAAACAAAGACGCCCUUCCAUUGGAAUGA